GCCCCUUCUCUCCCGAUCCCCGGCUGUUAGUGCUGAGAGAGUGCGCGUGUGCUCCGGAGCUCGCCUCGGCACACAUUAUAUAUAAAAAAAAAAAAAUACAAAAAAAUUAAAAACUUCUAAAAACUCCAAAAAAUCAUUUUAUUUCUUUUUAAAUUAAAAAUCGGUGAAGGGGAAACUGGAGGCCUUGAAACAUCUCUCGACAACCCCGAAAAAUAACGACAGUCUGUGAGCUCGCGAAGGCCUGCUUGAUUCGUUGGUUUGGAUUUUUCGCGUUUUUAAAUUUCUGUUGCCCUAAAUAUCCGUCAUUUUUAAACGGAACGCUUUAAUCGUCCAGCCGAAGCCAUCUGUUAGUCGACGGUUUUCAGUUUUAAAAAUUGGCGUUGACAUCUAACGGUAGCUAUAUUCUGACGUAGUUGAGCUAGCGCCGCGAAACACGUACAAUUCUGCGAGUUCACAGCUGCGAGGGAAGAGAACAUGAACCCCAGCGCUCCUAGCUACCCCAUGGCCUCGCUGUAUGUUGGAGACCUGCACCAGGACGUGACUGAAGCCAUGCUCUACGAGAAGUUCAGCCCGGCCGGUGCCAUCCUCUCCAUCCGGGUGUGCAGGGACAUGAUCACGCGCCGGUCGCUGGGCUAUGCCUAUGUCAACUUCCAGCAGCCUGCAGACGCUGAACGGGCUCUAGACACAAUGAACUUUGACGUGAUCAAGGGUAGACCUGUCCGCAUCAUGUGGUCUCAGCGCGACCCCUCUCUGAGGAAGAGCGGCGUUGGAAACAUCUUCAUCAAGAACCUGGAUAAGUCUAUUGAUAAUAAAGCCCUUUAUGACACCUUCUCUGCAUUUGGCAACAUCCUGUCCUGCAAGGUGGUUUGUGACGAGAAUGGCUCAAAGGGCUACGGCUUUGUGCACUUUGAGACCCAGGAGGCCGCUGAAAGAGCCAUUGAGAAAAUGAACGGCAUGUUGCUGAAUGACAGAAAAGUGUUUGUAGGGCGCUUCAAAUCUCGCAAGGAGAGGGAGGCUGAGCUCGGCGCAAGAGCCAAAGAAUUUACCAAUGUGUACAUCAAAAACUUUGGGGAAGACAUGGAUGAUGACAAACUCAAGGACGUCUUCAGCAAAUAUGGUACUGCCAUGAGCAUCCGUGUCAUGACUGAUGAAAAUGGAAAGUCCAGAGGCUUUGGAUUUGUGAGUUUUGAGAGGCACGAAGACGCCCAAAGGGCUGUGGAUGAGAUGAACGGCAAAGAACUGAACGGGAAGUUCAUCUAUGUAGGUCGUGCUCAGAAGAAAGUGGAGCGGCAAACUGAGCUCAAGCGCAAAUUUGAACAGAUGAAGCAGGACCGCAUGACUCGUUACCAGGGUGUCAAUCUUUACGUGAAGAACUUGGAUGAUGGUAUUGAUGACGAGCGUCUUCGUAAAGAGUUCUCUCCCUUCGGUACAAUCACCAGUGCCAAGGUCAUGAUGGACGGUGGUCGCAGUAAAGGCUUCGGAUUUGUCUGUUUCUCUUCCCCUGAGGAAGCCACUAAAGCGGUGACUGAGAUGAAUGGCCGUAUUAUGGCCACUAAGCCAUUGUAUGUGGCUCUUGCUCAGCGCAAAGAGGAACGGCAGGCCCAUCUCACCAACCAGUACAUGCAGAGGAUGGCCAGUGUCCGUGCAGUGCCAAACCCCGUUAUCAACCCCUAUCAGCCUGCACCUCCAUCAGGAUACUUCAUGGCUGCCAUUCCACAGGCCCAGAACAGAGCUGCGUAUUACCCUACCAGUCAGCUCACCCAGCUCAGACCCAGUCCCCGCUGGGCCACACAGGGUGUCCGGCCUCAGCACUUCCAGAACAUGCCAGGCACAAUGCGCUCAUCUGCCCCCAGACCUCAGAGCUUCAGCACCAUGCGUCCUGCGUCUCAGGUGCCCCGCAUGAUGUCCACUCAGCGUGUUGCUGCUCAGACUAUGGGUCCACGACCCAGCACUGCAGCGGCUGCAGCUUCCGCUCCUCCAGUGCGCGGCGUACCGCAGUACAAAUACACCCCCAGUGUCCGCAGCCCCCAGCAGCACAUGAACACACAGCCUCAGGUGACCAUGCAGCAGCCUGCUGUGCACGUGCAAGGACAGGAACCACUCACAGCCUCCAUGCUCGCCGCUGCACCGCCACAGGAACAGAAGCAGAUGCUGGGUGAGCGUCUCUUCCCACUUAUCCAGAAUAUGCAUCCCAGCCUGGCUGGCAAGAUCACCGGUAUGCUGCUGGAAAUCGACAACUCGGAGCUCCUCCACAUGCUGGAGUCUCCAGAGUCUCUGCGCUCCAAGGUCGAUGAGGCGGUGGCCGUACUCCAGGCUCACCAGGCUAAAGAAGCCGCUCAGAAGACCGUGACCAACUCUACUGGCGUGCCAAGCGUCUAAGCCAAGGGGGACACGACCUUGAAUCUUCACCGAGAGGAAAAAGUAAACAUUGAAAAAAACAGAAAACGAUAUUUAAAAAAGAAGAAAGAGCCAGGUCUAGAGACAAGCAUUCUAGGCCUAGUUAAGGUAUUAAAAAAAAUAAAAAAAAGGAA